CGCCAGUCGCCCUCUGAUAACGAUUAGUGUUCUCCUUCGGCCAAUAAUAAAUGUGAAAUAAAAGCAUCUCUGUGGGGUCAGGGUCGUAGCCACCGCUGAGCAAGGUACAAGGAUUUCAUCUGCUUCACCCUAAGGCGUCUUAUCGCUCACCAUGGCGAGUGGUUCGUGGGAGGAGUUCUUUGCUGUGCACCUCCCUCCGACUGACUUUGAAGACAACCGGUCGCUGCUGAAAGAGUUCUGUGAACGCCAUGAUCAGUACGGGAACAAAAUUGCACUUGUGACUUCCGGAGGCACCACAGUGCCGCUCGAACACAACACGGUUCGCUUCGUUGACAACUUCAGCGCCGGCACGCGAGGAUCGGCCUCUGCCGAGUAUUUCUUGGAGCAAGGAUACGCCGUCAUCUUCAUGCACCGGCAGAAGUCGCUGGAGCCCUUCACUCGGCACUUCAGCGGGCAGAAGCUGCUUGAUAUGCUGGAUAUACAGGAGAGAGGGCCCAAUACUAGCAUUACAGUUAAACCAGACAGCGUAGACGUGUUAGCUCCGAUCCUGCUGCGAUACAAAGCAGCGCACGCUGCAGGUGCCAUCUUGCACGUGGCCUUUACCACAGUAUCGGAAUACUUCUGGCUACUGAGAGCUGCUUGCGAGUGCCUGGCCAACCUGGGAGCCAGGGCUGUGCUGUACCUAGCAGCUGCGGUGUCGGACUUCUACGUGCCUAAGGACAGAGUGCCUACCCACAAGAUGCAGUCAGCCAGCGGUGCGCCUAUCAUCCAACUACACCUGGUGCCCAAGAUGUUGGCUCCUCUGGUUAACCUGUGGGUGCCCGCCGCUUAUGUGGUGUCCUUCAAGCUGGAAACUGAUGAGAACCUGCUCAUACCCAAAGCCAGAGCUGCCCUAGACAAGUAUAAACAUAAGAUGGUCGUAGCAAACCUCCUACAGACGCGCCAUCACAGGGUGAUCCUAGUGUCGCCUGAGGCGAGCCAAGAAAUUGUUCUUACUAGAGAAGAAGUACACGCUGGCGUGGACAUCGAGUCGGCGAUCGUGUGCGAGAUCGUUCGCUUGCACAGCGAACAUUUGGCGGGCGCGGGCGAGCGCGCCGACCCGCCGCCGCAGCCGCGCUGAUUGUCGCGCGUCCGCCGCCGCCUCUACCUCACGCCGGAAUAGGCCGCCGCGGACGAGCCACAGCCACGCUGCGGACAACGUAGUAUAAGAGUACCAUGACCUCCUAAAUUACACGCGAGUGAUUCAUUCUGACGGACAGCGGGGCUACUCCGAAAAACGUUAUUCGAAGUUUCGAAUGUUCCAUCCCCUUCACGCAAAGCGAGAUCCCAGCAUGUUCGACGGAGACAGACAGACCCGAAACUACACGAACAGUGUUUCGUAAUAGCCCUACUGGUGCGGACGUGUACUCAGCCUUAGUUAAAACUGCAAAGGGACAGGGCAAUUUAUUUGUAACACCAUUUAAUUAUUGAUACUUGAAUAUUUGUGAAGAUAAUAACAAUUUGUUUUGUUUAGUCUACCUACAAUAUCUAUAAGGAGGUCAUUUUGUAUUGAGGAUACUCGCAACUCGAGUAGUAUACAGGAUGAUUAAAUUAGUUAUAUCCAAAUUGAUGGACAUUUCUCGUGUUGUUUGUAACUAGUUCACCCUGUAUAUUAUAGAAGUAGGUUACUUGUGUGUACUUGUUAGAGUUUUAUAAAUCUCCAUGUGCCCCAGUAAUCGUCUAUUUAUAGGUUUUAUAUGUCUUUAUUGUGUAUAGAAUUGGAAUGUUUGUAUAUGUGAAAAAACUUUACCAAAUUGAAAAGGUCGGGAUUCUCUGACUACUCUGGUGGUUUCUCUCGUAGUAUUUUCAAAAUUGCAAGAUUUUAAAAAUUCUUUUAAAAAAACCUGUAUAUUGCAUAGGAGUAACAGAGUCUUCAGACCUUUACAUAAGACCUUAGAGGUGCUAAGAAAAGUAUUAUGAAGUUGGUUCUGAGAAGGUUAGUACAGAAGGGAAGUAAAAUUUAAUUUUAACUAAUCAUAGAUUUUUCCAAUAUAAAGAGAAUUAUGAAGAGAAUUGUUAUUAAUUUGAUCGAGUCUGGAUGUAUGUCUACCUUUCAAGAUAAUGAUACCAUCUAAGUGAAAUUCAUAUCAUUUGAUAAUGACAUAUAUUUUAUAACACCAAUUAUUAAACACGCAGUGUACCAUUUCCUUCUCUUGUGUACUGGUGGAAUAUACUUUAUUUACGUACUGUUGUAUGUAUCAAAUUAUAUUUAAUAAAUAUAUUUUACACUUCAUAUGUAAAUAUGAAUAAUAUCAUUAUAAUUAAACUGAGCAAAUAUUGCAGAUCAUACUUCCAAUAUUGUUGUCGUGAAAACAUAUACAUUUUAUCAUUAUAGAAUACUUGGAAGUGUUAUUAGAUAUAAAAUAAGGAGUCGUUAAGGUUGACGAAAUGAAUUGCAUAGCUUUACACACUUAAUUUCGGUUUAAAUUCAAUGGGAUUACUCCGAAAAACGUUACGCAAAGUUUCGAAUAUUGUCAUCUCUCUCACGCAAAGCGAGAUGCUAGCAUGAGAGACGGUAACAGUUAGAUCCAAAACUAAGUAGUAGGCCUAUAGAGCGCCUCCAUUUCGUUCCUGGUUCGCUUCGGUGACCUAAUGGAUAUACAAACUUUUUAUUUGGAUAGCUGAUUUAGGGCUCCGAGAACCUCAGUAAUUUAGAUUUUUAUACACAAACAACAGCUUGUAUAAAAUAGCACAACUUUUGUACUUAUGCAUUCGUAAGCUGCCAUCAUCAUGCUGAUUAUGUUUUGGAAUCUAAAUCAACGUAUAUUUUUCGGAUUUCUGGUGUCGACUAUACUCUAUUAACGUAUACAUAAACGACUGUCGGUGUUGUAUUUGAGUGUAAUUUGUAAUGUAUACCCUCGUGGUGUCUUAACUAUCUCGAAUUAUCUUCUUUAGGACCAUGCUAGUAUCUUUUGGUAUAUUGUAUAUUAACGGAUAGGGUUACAUUCAUUCAAACAUUAAAAGUAGGUAAAGUGUAACCCUCAGAAAGAAUGAAAAAUGUAAUCUACUUUUGUAGUUAACAAAAGAUGCUAUGAACUUUGAUCAGUGAUAUCUUUUAUGUAGGCAACCUGAAGCUAUUAAUGUAUGACUUGGUUGUACACCAAACUUCAAGUGUCAUAUCUUGCACUAGCUACAUACAGAAGGGGGCAGGGAGGCAUCUAAAACCUACCUUAUGUUCUUAGAAGAGUGGGUGACCCUGCCUUAAUUUGCCCCCAUGGCUCAGACUGUCAAGACAACCCUGGCCUAAGCUGCCCUCUCCCCCCUCUAGCCCAGAAACAAAGGCCAGAAGUGGGCAGCCCCUCUGGCCUAAUAGGUGAACUGCACUAUUCCGAAUUGAUAUUAUUGAUCAAAGGUAGCUGUUAUCCAAUCAAAAAGAACUCUUAGUGUUAAAGUAUUAUAAAGUGUAAUCGAGUGGGUAUUCAAGUAUUGAUGUCUAUAACGAAAAUAUGUUGUAUUUAUGAGAUUUUUAUUCGUUUUCAAAAUGUCUUGUUGUCUAUAUCGUAUGUAUAGAGUUCUACAUAUCAGGAGGGAAAAUUCUUGAAAUUAU